GUGGUAUAUAACCCCCAGUGGUUCCUGACGAAGAAGCACACUCGACAGAGCCUCCCACCACAACACCCGCUAGGGGCUCUAGAGACAUACGCACUAUGUCGACCAAGGUAGUCGUCGUAGCCAUCGUAGUGAUUUUAGCCAACAAGUCUUACGGCGACGUCACUAACACUGCUGAAACAUGUGGCUGUAAAAGUAACUCCAGAGUACACAACUAUGGUCAUGGUAUGAAAAUCAGUAGCUCUGGAGGAUAUGGAGCCCAAAGUUCAGGUGGCAACGGAGGACAGAGUGCUGGCUACGGAGAACAGGGUGCUGGAUACGGAGGACAGAGUGCUGGCUACGGAGAACAGGGUGCUGGCUAUGGAGGACAGAGUGCUGGCUACGGAGGACAGAGUAAUGGCUACGGAGGACAGAGUUCUGGCUAUGGAGAACAGGGUGCUGGAUACGGAGGACAGAGUGCUGGCUAUGGAGCACACAGCAUGGGAAAAGGAGGUUGCAGUAUUGGCCACGGCGGACAGAGUUCUGGCCAUGGAGGUCAGAGUACUGGCCAUGGAGGACAGAGUAAUGGCUACGGAGGACAGAGUUCUGGCUAUGGAGGAAAAAGCACCGGAAAAGGAGGUUGCAGCACUGGCCACGGCGGACAGAGCUCUGGCCACGGCGGACAGAGUUAUGGUCAUGGAGGAAAAAGCAACGGAAAAGGAGGUUGCAGCAUUGGACACGGUGGGCAGAGUUCUGGCCAUGGAGGUCAGAGUACUGGCCACGGAGGACAGAGUACUGGCCAUGGAGGACUGAGUACUGGCUAUGGAGGACAGAGUACUGGCCACGGCGGACAAAGCUCUGGCCACGGCGGACAGAGUUCUGGUCAUGGAGGUAAGAGUACUGGCCAUGGAGGACAGAGUAAGGGCUACGGAGGACAGAGUUCUGGCUAUGGAGGAAAAAGCACCGGAAAAGGAGGUUGCAGCAUUGGACAUGGCGGACAGAGUUCUGGCCAUGGAGGUCAGAGUACUGGCCACGGCGGACAGAGCUCUGGCCACGGCGGUCAGAGUUCUGGUCAUGGAGGUCAGAGUACUGGCCUUGGAGGACAGAGUACUGGUUAUGGAGGACAGAGUUCUGGCUAUGGAGGAAAAAGCAUCGGAAAAGGAGGUUCCAGCAUAGGCCACGGCGGACAGAGCUCUGGCCAUGGUGGUAAGAGUACUGGACACGGAGGACAGAGUACGGGCUAUGGAGGAAAGAGUACUGGCCAUGGAGGACAGAGUACUGGCCACGGUGGACAGAGUUCUGGUCAAGGAGGUCAAAGUACUGGCCAUGGAGGACAGAGUACUGGCUACGGAGGACAGAGUACUGGCUAUGGAGGAAAAAGCAUCGGUAAAGGAGGUUCCAGCAUUGGCCACGGUGGACAGAGUUCUGGCCAUGGAGGUCAGAGUACUGGUCACGGAGGACAGAGUACUGGCUACGGAGGACAGAGUACUGGCCAGGGCGGACAGAGUUCUGGUCAUGGAGGUCAGAGUACUGGCCAUGGAGGACAGAGUACCGGCUACGGAGGACAGAGUACUGGCUAUGGAGGAAAAAGCAUCGGAAAAGGAGGUUCCAGCAUUGGCCAUGGUGGACAGAGUUCUGGCCAUGGAGGUCAGAGUACUGGUCACGGAGGACAGAGUACUGGCUACGGAGGACAGAGUACUGGCCAGGGCGGACAGAGUUCUGGUCAUGGAGGUCAGAGUACUGGCCAUGGAGGACAGAGUACCGGCUACGGAGGACAGAGUACUGGCUAUGGAGGAAAAAGCAUCGGAAAAGGAGGUUCCAGCAUUGGCCAUGGUGGACAGAGUUCUGGCCAUGGAGGUCAGAGUACUGGUCACGGAGGACAGAGUACUGGCUAUGGAGGAAAGAGUACCGGCCAUGGAGGACUUAGUACUGGCUACGGAGGACAGAGUACUGGCUAUGGAGGACAAAGCAUCGGAAAAGGUGGUUCCAGCAUUGGCCACGGUGGACAGAGUUCUGGCCAUGGAGGGCAGAGUACUGGCCAUGGAGGGCAGAGUAUUGGCCACGGAGGGCAGAGUAUUGGCCUUGGAGGACAGAGUACUGGCUACGGAGGACAUAGUAUUGGCUACGGAGGACAUAGUAUUGGCCUUGCAGGACAGAGUACUGGCUAUGGAGGACAAAGCAUUGGAAUAGGAGGUUGCAGCAUUUCCCACGCAGGAAAAAGCAUUGCUCACGUAGGAAAAAGUUAUGAAAUAGCAGGUCACAGCUUUCCUUACGGAGAACAAAUAAUAGGUCAUGGUGGCCUCAGUUAUGGCGUUGGAGGAAACAUUUUUGCUCUUGGAAGUCACAAUUAUAACAGCCAUGGUUUCGCCCUAACAGGCACCAGCAAAGGCUCCCAUGGCCAUCAUUUUGACGACGACGACCACGAUGAUGAUGACGACGACGAUGAUGACGACGACGACGAUGAUGACGACGAUGAUGAUGAUGACGAUGACGACGAUGAUGACGACGACGAUGAUGAUGAUGACGAUGAUGACGACGACGACGAUGAUGAUGAUGAUGGGGACGACGAUGACGAUCAUGACACUGAUGAAGAUAAGGACUAGUGAAAAAUGAAUCCAAAUAAUAUAAUUUUUAAUUUUGUACACUUACAGUUCCCGGAAGACUGGACUUGUAUUGCUUUGAAAUAGAUUUUUUAUGUUUGUUCUC